AUUAUAUGCAAAUUCGCAAGACUCGUAUAAACUUGAGGUUCCGAACCCUGAUCGCCGUGACAGCAGCUCAAGUAAUCAUACGUCACCGGAGACAACACCUGUCAACACACAUUACCUUGACAACCAGGAGGAUACUCAUGUCUUUAUGUUACCUGGCUUGAAGGGAAUUGGACCACCUUGCACCUCACCAGAUGACACCAAACACGACAUCGUUUACACGGAAUUAUCCCAUGGCAACACUCCUAGCAACACCCAAGCUACGCCCAAGAAAGACUUGUCCUCAAAAGUUGACUAUGUUGAUCUUGACCCUGAAAAAACACAAGCUUUGAAAAAAAUAAAAGACUCGAGAGAUAGUGAAAGACAGUAGGGGACACUAAAUGAAAUUCGGAUGUCAUUGAAAUUGGAUUUCUUGUGAUACUGGUUUUUAACCGCGACAGAGGAAAACUAUUGGAAAAAUAUAUUUUAUUUGUAAAAAAUCCUGGCAUUUAUAUGAACUGUAUAACUAGCAUUUUACGAAGAUCGUAUUUUAAGGGAACUCAUCAAUUAAGGACACCUGUUAAUAUUCACACACCAGCCGUGGAAUUAGUUGACCUCUGCGAACACAGGAAGUUCAAGGCCUAAGAGAUUACGAAAGAAGCCAAUCAGCUUUUAACCUCAUUUUAAAUUAUGUACAUCGUAAAUUUUGAUUGAAAAUUAGAAAACAUGAGGCACAAAUGAUGAAUAUAAUGACCUGUGUUUUUUUUUUAAUUAAAAAUAUGAUUUGUCUAUAUAUGGACAUGAUCAUGUCAUCUCACAUCCAUAUAUGGGCAAAGCAUAUGUAUUUGUCAAGUGUGAACAGAGCCUUGUGUGUGUAUGUGUAUUGGGGAGGGGUGUGUGUUGAUGUGUGUGUGUGUUAGUGCAUACUAGCUACUGAUUGUAAAAAUAUAAAUCAACCACAAUCAUAACAUUCAUAAUUAUAAAAAAAUAGUAAUUCCAUGUUAAUAUGUAAAUGUUUUAUAUAUAUGUGGGAGGGAAUUAAGUGGAGAGGGGUAGAAAUGGGAACUAUGGGAAAAGACCAAAGCAGAAAGGAUCAAAGAAGGGAGGGGUAAAGAAGGGUUGGAAACGCAAGUGAGGUAAAUUAAAGGUAAACACAAAAGGGUUGUGGGGAGAGGGUGAUAGUAGAGAUAUAAAAGUGCAAAAACCAGAAAGAAGAGAUAAAGACCAAAGGAAAGAAAGGAAAAAGGUGUAGUUAUUUUAAGCAAAUACAUAAGAUACAUUCAGUCUAACUGUUAAACGCUGUCCACACUAUCAAAUUGCAUAUGACAAAAUACCUGUGAUUUACCUAUGUACAGUAUAGGCAUGUCAUUACACCAUCAUGCCCAUAUAAGGGGCGUGACAUUACACCAUCAUGCCCAUAAUAUUGGUGUGAUAUAAAUCAUCAUUCGGAUCCCAUGUGUGUGAUAUUACAUCACUAUGAUCAUAUAUAUGUGUGAUAUUACAUCAUCUUUCUCAUACAGAUUAUGGGUGUGUUAUUACAUUACUAUGCCCAUAUAUAGGUGUGAUAUGACAUCAUGCCCAUAUAUGGGUGUGAUAUUACAUCAUGCUCAUAUAUUGGUAUGAUAUUACAUCAUCAUUCCCAUAUAUGAGUGUGAUAUUACAUCAUGCCCAUAUAUGGGUUGGAUAUUGCAUUAUCAUUCCCAUAUAUGGGAGUUAUAAUUAUUACAUCAUCAUACUCACAUAUAGCUGUGAUACUGCAUCAUCAUACCCAUAUAUGGCAAAAUCACAGAUAUUUGUCACUGAAGGUUUAAUAGUUUGGACCAGGCAUUAAUUAAGAUUGUUGUAAGUUUAGAUACAUAUUUUAAGAUUUUAAUUCCAUAGCAAUGUGUCCAAAUAAUGAACUUGUUAAUAUGAACAUUUCCAUAAGCAUCUUUUGAUGUUUUUAUUAUUGUUUUUUUUUAUUUUGUCAGUGAGGUUUGAUGUAUGGUUAAUGAAAGUUGCAAGCAAUUAUUAUAUGCUGCAACAUAUCAUUAUUGAAAGUAGAAUAAUAUGUUUUAUUAUUUCUAACCAUACAUUGAAAUGAAGAUAUAAUAUUUUUAAAAUGAAUGACUAUAGACCAAAAUUAAAAAACAAAAUAUUUUAAAGUAUUGGUUGUGAUUAUUGAUGUGGUUAAGUUUUAAUAUAUUAAGUAAGGUUAUUGACUUAAGAGGUUAAAACAUGCUCAAUUAAUAUUCCUUUGUAUUACUUUAUAUAAUAUAUAAGUUGAACCAACUCAGUUAUAAAUAACAUAUUCCAGCGAAAUUGUAGCAAUUUUAUGACUAUUUUGUCGACAUAGAUAAAAACAUAUAUAGCAGUGAUGUUAUGAAGCCAAAUAAAAUAUUUUAAUUCCAGAUUUCA